GUGCCAGUGGACGCAGAAGUGUUAGCAUCAUUUCUUUCUCCAUGCGCGCCGGAGUUUUUUGGCCGCUGCGGCUCCGAUCUCGCUCGUUCGUAGUCGUGCGCUAGGUGCGCUCUGCGCUGGGCGGUGCGCGAGUGACCGUGUGUGUGAGUGCGUGCGUGCCAGUGUGGACAGUGUGCCAGGGCGCGAGCAACAAUGACCAUCAGCUGAUCGCUCUGCGCGCGGUCCCCCUGCACCGGCGUCGCCUUGCCCGACGUCGCCGCCGGCACCACCCUCGUCGUCUUCGGCCGGCCCGCCGCGACGCCCACCGCGGCGUCUUGUGCUCCUCCAAACUGUCAUCCGCGCUCGUCGAACUGGGGACCCUCAGGCUCGCCUUCCCCGCUGCGAUGGAAGCCAUCGAGUACAGCCGGGGCGGGGGCGGCCGGGGCGCCCUGGACUUCCAGCACUCGCCGCUGGGCGGGUCGGUGGCCGACUGCCCCCCGGGCGGGCCCCAGAGCGGCCCGCACCAGACCGAGUUCAAGCCGUUCAAGCAGGAGUACGGCCACCACAACGGCCACCCCCAGGGCGCCAUGGACCACGACGACAUCAAGAGCUGCUACUCGAGCACGCCGUCGACACCACCCACCCCCAUGGGCGAAGUGGAACCUCUACCGCCCCCUCAAAAGGGCCGAGGUCGGAAGCGGGGCGGCAUCAACAAGGGCCGGGACGGUCUCGGGUGGCACGCGGUCGACCACGGCAACCCCGAGAUCUUCGGCUCCAAGGCGGACCUGCAGAUGCACACGCAGCUGCACAUGCGGGAGGCCAAGCCGUACAAGUGCUCGCAGUGCUCCAAGACGUUCGCCAACUCGAGCUACCUGUCGCAGCACACGCGCAUCCACCUCGGCAUCAAGCCGUACCGCUGCGAGAUCUGCCAGCGCAAGUUCACCCAGCUGUCGCACCUGCAGCAGCACAUCAGGACGCACACGGGCGACAAGCCCUACAAGUGCCGGCACCCGGGCUGCAACAAGGCCUUCUCACAGCUCUCCAACCUCCAGUCGCACUCGCGGUGCCACCAGACGGACAAGCCCUACAAGUGCAACUCGUGCUACAAGUGCUUCGUGGACGAGCCCUCGCUGCUGGAGCACAUCCCCAAGCACAAGGAGUCCAAGCACCUCAAGACGCACAUCUGCCAGUACUGUGGGAAGUCGUACACCCAGGAGACGUACCUCAACAAGCACAUGCAAAAGCACGCCGAGCGCACGGAUAAGCGGCCGCCCAUCAUCGGGCUGGGCCGCAACGCCGUGCACCAGAUGCACGCGGGCCAGGGCCCGGGGGCGCCGGGCGGGCCUGGCCAGGUCGGGCAGCACCCCGGCCACCCCCACACGCCGGGACCCGGCGGCCACCCCCACGUCCAGAACAACAACAACCUCCCCGAGCCCCAGCACCCCCACCCGCAGCACGCGUACUGGCCCAAGGUGUCGCCAGACACGGCCAACUCGCUCGUGGACGCCAUCAGCCAGCACGAGCGCAUGGAGGCGUGCCUGCAGCAGCAGCAACAGCAGCAGCACAACGGCAUGCUCGGGGAGCACCACAUGGUGGGCUCGCACCACCGCGCCCUCAUGGAGCACCACAGGCAUAUGAACGGCACGCCGGUGGGGGCGCCGCCCUCGCAGCAGACACCGAGCGGGGGCGCGGGCUCGGGGGACAGCGGCGAGGACCUGGUGGUGAGCCGGUCGCAGCAGCAACAGCAGCAGCACCAACAGCAACAGCAGCACCAACAGCACAACCCCGGCUCGUCGCCCACCCCCGCACCCCAGCAGGUGAUAGUGUCGACGCCGUCCUCGGUGCCUAACGGCUACGAGCACCUCGGCAUCAAGACGUCGACGCCCUCGUCCACGUCGGCCUUCACGCCCAUCCAGUCGAUGGGAGCGCUGCCGCCGCACCACCACCUCGGCAGCGUGCACCUCAACCCCCACCAGCUGGGAAUGCCGCCCGCGGCAGCCCGGCCCGCCUACAUCCCCUACGACUCGCUGUCCUUCCCCGGCAGCAAGAUGGGCGGCGGGGGCAUGGGCCCCGGCCUAGGCGGCCAGCAGGGUGGAUCCUCCUUCCCCAACCAGCUCAUAUCGCUGCACCAAAUCCGGAACUACGCGCACCAGCCCAUGGUGGGCGAGCACCUCCUCGCGGGGCUCAAGCAGGACAAGGCCCAAUAGUGGCACGCCCCCAAGGUGGAGGCCAUGGAGCCGGAGCUGGCGCCGUCGUGGUCCUAGAGGCCUCGCUUGAGGCGACGCCCUCUCCGUAUCCAAGCCUUUCACCUUGACGCCCCCGCGUGCGUGGAGACGCGUGUGUGAAUGUCGUGUGUUUGCGUGAGUGAUUGGGAGAGAAAGAGAGUGAGAGAGUAUGUGCUGUGUGACGUGGUGCUCCUGCCCGGGACCAACCUGGGACCGGGAAGGGUCAGAAAAAGUGAAGUGCUGCGCGUCGCAAGCCGCCCACCAGACCAAAAAUGAUCAGAUUACCUCAGUUUAUGAAAUGUUCCCUUUUUUAAAUAAACAAA